AUGGAUGCAGACCUGACCGAACUGGAACAGCGCAUCCUUGAGGGCAACACAACCAACUCUGUCGAACAUGUACUACCGUCGUCGAGGUUACUCAAGUCGUCUGCCACGCAUCAAAGCACCAAACUCCUCCUCCCGACCAACUCGACAGCCACUUUAGCCCGGCCACAAUGUCCGAUCCUUCCGUCUCCGCGGCUGCAACAGUCGAGCAGCACCGUCCUCUACACUUCUUCAGUCGCGCAAUCGUCUUGA